AUGCCGCUCAUCGAGGUGCAGGCCAACGACAGGCUCGGACGAAAGGUCCGCGUCAAGUGCAGCCCGGACGACACGAUCGGAGACCUCAAGAAGCUGAUUGCGGCGCAGACCGGCAACCCUCCGGAAAAGAUCAUCCUCAAGAAGUGGUAUACUGUUUACAAGGACCACAUUACGCUGGCCGAUUACGAGAUCAAGGACGGCUUUUCCUUUGAGCUUCAAUGA